CAAAAAGUUGUUUAUAUCAUUGAGCAAGUUUUUGUGCUCCGUUCCUGCAUAUUUUGCAAAAAAAAUCAAAACAAUCCUAAAUGCAUUAGACCACAAGAAGGUCCAAUCAUGACGGAGCCACCCAAUGAAACCCCAGAUCCGGUAACGGAAUCACCAGUGUCGAUGCCAAUCGCUUCGCAAUCCCUGGAUUCGGCGGCCAUCGAGGAGAUUGAAGGUGACAAACCGACCAAGGGUAAAAAGAAAUCCAAGAACCCAAAGGGUCGCCACUCGGAAUCUCACCUUGGAUCUGAGCUCAAGAAGCUGACCCAGCGUCGAAUAAACGUAGCUGGUGCUCCGAAAAUGCCACUCAACGGCUACGUUCGCUUCAUGAACGAUCGGCGCGAGGAACUGCGACGGGAUCAACCGCAACGAACUGCUCUAGAGCACACUAGAAUCAUCGGCGAGGAGUGGCACCAGCUGCCGGAGGAGCGCAAAGCGCCCUACAUGGAGGCAGCCGCCAAAGACAAAGCCAUAUAUCAGGAGCAGCUAGAGUUGUUUCUUAAGGAAAAUCCUGAAAUAGUGGCCAGGGAGUUAGCCAAGGCCAAGAAGGCCACCAAAUUGGACAGUUCGCCCAAGGAAAAGACGCCGAAGGGUGAAUCAAGCUUGGGCAAGGCAAAAAAAACCAAGGCUAAGCAGGUGAAGGGACAAAGCGAGGAUCCGGAUGAUGUGCCUCUGGCCAAGGUAAAGCGUGCGCAGACACCACCGCCAGCAAUCACUCCGGCACCAAAUCAGCCGCCACCCAGCAGUGUAGUUCCCGCACCACGACCUCUACAGCCUGGCGAGAUACCCAUCUACACCAAUGAGUUCAUUGAACACAAUCGUAGUACGGAGAACGAAUUAAGGACUCUGCGCAAGGCCAAGACCGAUCUGGAACAGCAGAAUGCUGUGCUGGAGCAGCAUGUAGACAACACGAAGGCCGGCUACGCCAAGGUGAUGGGCGAGGUGACCGAGUUGAUGGAGGAAAACCGACGGCUGGAGACUUAUGUGCGCGGCUUGCGUCAGAAAUUGGUGGCAGCUCUCGGUGAAAUCUCACUGCCUCCUCUGGAGCCAAAUGGUCCCAAUGUGGGCAACAUUGACAAAUAUAUCCGCCACUUAGCCGGACUCGUAAGUCAACCCAACAAUGUGACUUUGCUCAAGGCAAGAGAGGCUCUACGCAAGGUGGACACCAGCAGCCUGCUGAAACCUUAAAGUUAUUCAGUUAUAGAUUCCAUAUUUAUAUAAAACAAAGACUUAGAAUUAAAACCGUACUAGUAUGUGUCAGAUUUAAGAUUAUAAACCCACACACCCACA